GGAGUCUGAGACGCUGCAACCGCGCCGGGGCCCGAGCGGCCGCCGCCUCCACUGUUCGCAGACCCGGAGCGCCCCGCACAGAUUUAGACCCAGUGUGCCUGCUGGGCUGUGCCCAAGUUCAGAGCCAUGUCAAUCGGUGGAUGAAGAUUGAGGCAGUAAUGGAGCCACUGCAGCAGCAGCAGCAGCAACAACAGCAACAGAAGCAGCCACACCUGGCUCCCCUGCAGAUGGAUGCCAGAGAGAAGCAGGGACAGCAGAUGAGAGAAGCCCAGUUCUUGUAUGCCCAGAAGCUGGUCACACAGCCAACUCUCCUUCCUGCCACACCUGGGAGGCCUUCUGGCAGCCCUGCCCUGGGUCCCUUAGCCAGAGUUCCACCAGCCACAGCAGCAGCCCGAGGUUUUGAACGGAGCAAUGUGAACUCAGAGCCUGAGAAAGAGGAAGGCAGUUUGGAAGAUGAGGAAGGGGAUGAUGAAGUUGCAGAGGUAGCUGAGAAAGAGGCCCAAGCUGCUUCGAAAUAUUUCCAUGUGCAGAAAGUGGCUCGCCAAGACCCCAGAGCGACACCCAUGUCAAGUCUACCUCCGACACCAGGGCUCCCACCACACGGACCACAAGCUAGAGAAGACCAUACCAAAGAUGCUUCCAAGGCCCCACCUUCCAUCUCCACGGCAGGGCAGCCAAGCUGGAAUCUGGAUGAGCAGCUUAAGCAGAAUGGUGGUUUGGCCUGGAGUGAUGAUCCAGAUGGAGGCCGGGGAAGAGAGAUCUCUCGAGAUUUUGCCAAGCUGUAUGAGCUGGAUGGUGAUCCUGAAAGGAAAGAGUUCCUGGAUGACCUCUUCAUCUUUAUGCAGAAGAGGGGGACCCCCAUCAACCGAAUUCCUAUCAUGGCCAAGCAGAUCCUGGACCUGUACAUGCUGUAUAAGCUGGUGACGGAGAAGGGGGGCCUGGUGGAGAUCAUCAACAAGAAGAUCUGGAGGGAGAUCACCAAAGGCCUGAACCUACCCACAUCCAUCACCAGUGCCGCCUUCACCCUCAGGACCCAGUACAUGAAAUAUCUGUAUGCCUAUGAGUGUGAGAAGAAAGCCUUAAGCUCCCCAGCCGAGCUCCAGGCAGCCAUUGAUGGCAACCGGAGGGAGGGCCGGCGGCCCAGCUAUAGUUCUUCCCUCUUUGGCUAUUCACCCGCUGCUGCUACUGCUGCUGCCGCUGGGGCCCCCGCCCUUCUCUCCCCGCCCAAGAUCCGCUUCCCCAUCCUCGGGCUUGGCUCCAGCAGUGGCACCAAUACCAGUAGCCCUCGGAUAUCCCCAGCAACCACUCUCAGGAAAGGUGAUGGAGUCCCAGUGACAACAGUGCCUGUGCCAAAUCGCCUGGCUGUGCCCAUGCCCUUGGCAGGCCAGCAGGUCAGUACCCGGACUGCCACACUGGAGCAGCUGCGGGAGCGGCUGGAGUCGGGUGAGCCUCCUGAGAAGAAGGUGUCCAGGCUGUCCGAGGAGGAGCAGCGCCUGGUGCAGCAGGCCUUCCAGCGCAACUUGUUCAGCAUGGCGCGGCAGCUGCCCAUGAAGAUCAGGAUCAACGGCAGGGAAGACAGAGCAGAGGCCUCAGCUGCAGCACUGAACCUGACCACGAGCAGCAUCGGGAGCAUUAACAUGUCUGUGGACAUCGACGGCACCACCUACGCAGGUGUGCUGUUUGCCCAGAAGCCUGUGGUCCACCUCCUGGCAGGGUCAGCUCCACAGAGCGCCGGCAGCAGCAGCAGCAGCAGCUCUCACUGCUCCCCAAGUCCUACCUCAUCCCGGGGCACCCCUAGCGCAGAGCCCUCCACCAGCUGGUCCCUCUGAUGGGCAGGAUCCAGCUUCUCACUCCCCACUCUCCUGCCGAGAGCGAAGGAAGUUGAUGCACAGAAUUUACCUCAUCUCACGGAGCCCACGUCAAUCAUCAUUUGGCCAGACGUUGAGAGUUGGCCAUAUCCGUCUGUCCAGGCUCCAUUCAGGUCCUGCUGUACUCUGGGGGCAGGGAGAGGCUGGAGGGACAGGACAGGGCAGCGUUGUCCAAUCAGGGAGUGUCCUGGAGAACUGGGCGGGGUCUGUGGGCAUCCAGCUUCCUCCAGGGUUCUCUGGCCACCUCCCAUCCUGGGGCACAGUGUAUCGACAAUCUGUAAGCUGACACGGGGCUGGAGGCCCUCCAUUUCCCUUCUCCUUUAAUUUAUUUCCCGUCCCCUGCUUUCUGCCACGACCCCAGGGUCACGGGUCUCUUCCACUGCUCAGUCCCUCAACUUAUACUCCCAUGUGGGGCUACUCGGAGCCAGGAGCAUGCCUUCAUGGCCCUUCUCUGCUGAGCGUGGGAUGGGGCCCUCCUAGCCCAUCUUGCCUACUGUUUGGUUCCAAGGAUGUGGGUCCCUCAAAUUCAAGUCUGGGAUCAAUUCUCAGGGCCCCAUAUCCCAUUUUAAUGAUCCCAAGAAAGAGCACUGAGGGCAGUCUUUAGGUCCCAGGGCCCACUGGGCAUUUGCUGGGGGGAGGCAGAACCUUGGGGCUGCCCAGGCCCUGGCACCCACUUCACCCUAACCCUCCCAGACCUCACGCUCCCCACUCGCCCUUGUUGGCCAGCUCUCCGAAGAACAGCCCACUUGUCCCUUGCCCCCCCUUCUUCUCAUGGGGCCAUCUCUGUCCCACCAUUCCUAAAUGUGCCCAUGUCAGGUUCAUUGAAAUACCUCAGAUUUGUAAUUGUCAAUGUUUGAUUCUUCAGGAAGUAUUUGCAUCUCUGAAAUCUUUUUUAUAUGUGU